AUGGCUCGUUUUCUUCAGUUCGGUGGUUCUGCUCUCUGGCUUUCAAAAUUCCAUCGUUUGUGUUAUGUUUUGAGGAUGGCGUCGGGUCUCGUUGUGGUGGAGCUUAAGUGCAAUUUCGGUGGCUCGACAUGGCUAAUCUCUUCGCCUUCUCUUCGAUUUUAUCCGACCCAGGAUUGUAGUUUUGUCUUCUAUGUGGCUCUCCGGUUCGACGGUGGUCUGAUGGAGUUUCGUCAGUACUUUCUCUACCUAGUUCUAUCUUUGUUACUGAGUUUCCUGGCUCAUCUCCUUCCCGACUCUGGCUGCUUGAGGCGGUGGUUGUUUCGGGAACUGUGCCCUCUGGUUUCUUUGUGCUCUAGUGGGGCUUUGGUUGCUCCGGUUGUUUCUCUCUUGGGCCUUGUUUGGGUUAGAACCUGUGGAUUCGCGGUGACCUUUGUGGUAGAGCUUGUUGCCUUUUAUUGGUUCUUCUCCAGCUCAUCCUUGUCGGUUUGCUUGGCGUUUGGUGUGAUUGUUGGUGUUUUUGUUCUGGUGCGAUGGUUCGUAGCCAAUGUGGUUGAGUGUUCUUUGUCGAGCCUCUCUGUUUGUUUGCUGUUGUGGUCUCUUGUGCUUAGUGUUUCGCUAGGUCCCCUCAUCUGGUAUCAAGACGAAGCAAUGGUAUCGGUCUCCAGCUCUGCUCUUGUGAGGAGGUGGCUAGUGCGUGUUAGAUAUGGUUUCCUUCUUAAGCGUUUUCCUAACGGUGGUCAAGCUUGCGCUUGUUCCUUGGCACGGGUUAGGCAUCAAAUGGUUCCAUGGGAAGUCUGGUUGCUUCGAUGA